CUCACAACCCCGGACGGCACGCGGGUAGGUAGGCUAGAACCUAGAGGAGGGGAGCAGAGCGUGCUGGGGUCUUUUAUCGCUCUCCGCUCAGUGCGUGGGUCUGCGGAUCCGUGGAGGUGCGGAGCGUGACUCGGCCUCCCCGGCUCGCGCGUGAGUGCGGCGGAAGCCCUUCUGCUCUUCCACGAGUUAGAGGAGUGCAGGGGACGUGCACCCCGGUGUCGGGACGCGAGCUCGUGCUCCUCUUUUCCUCCUAACGGUGGCCCCUACCCACACACUCCAGUCCCCCCGAGAGUUGAUCUUCGCCCCUCAGCGCGCCCCUCCUUACCCGGCCCCUCCCACCGGCCCCCCGUUUCCGCCCGCUUGCUAGCUGCCUAGCUCGCGGGUCCGUAGUCGGCUUCGUCCCUGGGGUCCCUGCUUGGGGGCGGAGAAGAUGGCUGGAGGACGUCUGCUGUUGGGGGGCGACUUCCUGUCGCCGCCGCCGCUGCCCCCCCUCCCGCCGCCGCCGCUGCCGCCCCUCCCGCCGCCCCCGCCCGAGCCAGUGCUGGAGCAGUGGCGCUAUAGCCACGAAAGUGACUGGCAGUGGGCUCUGCGGCGCAGCUUCAUCUGUCGGCACCUGCACAGCUAUCCUGGGGCUGCCCUCGACCAGCUCCUCGCGCUCUCCGCCGCCUGGACCAACCACGUCUUCCUGGGCUGCAGGUACAGCCCACGCUUGAUGGAAAAAAUUCUCCAAAUGGCUGAAGGUAUUGAUAUUGGGGAGAUGCCUUCAUAUGAUCUGGUGCUGUCCAAGCCUUCCAAAGGUCAAAAACGCCACCUCUCAACAUGUGAUGGUCAAAAUCCUCCUAAAAAGCAAGCCGGUUCCAAAUUCCAUGCGAGACCUCGUUUUGAGCCUGUACAUUUUGUAGCUAGUAGUUCAAAAGAUGAAAGACAGGAAGAUCCUUAUGGCCCUCAAACAAAAGAGGUAAAUGAACAAACACAUUUUGCCAGCAUGCCAAGAGACAUCUACCAAGAUUACACUCAAGAUUCUUUCAGUAUACAAGAUGGGAAUUCUCAGUAUUGUGAUUCAUCAGGAUUCAUUCUCACAAAAGACCAGCCUGUAACAGCCAACAUGUAUUUUGACAGUGGGAACCCUGCCCCAGGCACCACAUCACAGCAGGCAAACUCUCAGUCAACUCCUGAGCCUUCACCAUCACAGACAUUUCCCGAGUCUGUGGUAGCUGAGAAGCAGUAUUUUAUUGAAAAAUUAACGGCGACAAUCUGGAAGAACCUUUCUAAUCCAGAGAUGACUUCUGGAUCUGAUAAAAUUAAUUAUACAUAUAUGUUAACUCGUUGUAUUCAGGCAUGUAAGACAAAUCCUGAAUAUAUAUAUGCUCCUUUAAAGGAAAUUCCUCCUGCCGACAUCCCCAAAAAUAAAAAACUUCUAACUGAUGGCUAUGCUUGUGAAGUUAGAUGCCAAAAUAUCUACUUAACUACAGGUUAUGCUGGCAGCAAGAAUGGGUCCAGGGAUCGAGCUACAGAACUAGCUGUAAAACUCUUACAGAAACGUAUUGAAGUUAGAGUUGUCCGGCGGAAAUUCAAGCAUACGUUUGGAGAGGACCUUGUGGUGUGUCAGAUUGGCAUGUCCUCCUAUGAAUUUCCUCCAGCUCUGAAACCACCAGAAGACCUGGUGGUGCUGGGUAAAGAUGCUUCUGGGCAGCCAAUUUUUAAUGCUUCCGCCAAACACUGGACCAAUUUUGUCAUUACAGAAAAUGCAAAUGAUGCAAUUGGUAUCCUUAACAAUUCUGCCUCAUUCAACAAGAUGUCAAUUGAAUACAAAUAUGAGAUGAUGCCAAAUCGCACAUGGCGUUGUCGAGUGUUUUUACAAGAUCACUGCUUAGCUGAAGGUUAUGGAACCAAGAAAACAAGUAAACAUGCAGCUGCUGACGAGGCUUUGAAAAUUCUUCAAAAAACACAGCCCACUUAUCCAUCUGUCAAAAGUUCACAAUGCCAUACAGGCUCUUCACCCAGAGGAUCUGGAAAGAAGAAAGAUAUAAAGGAUCUUGUAGUUUAUGAGAAUUCUUCAAAUCCCGUGUGCACGCUGAACGACACAGCUCAGUUUAACCGAAUGACAGUUGAGUAUGUCUAUGAAAGGAUGACAGGCCUCCGCUGGAAAUGCAAAGUGAUUCUAGAGAGUGAAGUAAUUGCAGAAGCAGUUGGGGUGAAGAAAACUGUCAAAUAUGAAGCUGCUGGGGAAGCUGUGAAAACCCUCAAAAAGACCCAGCCAACUGUCAUUAACAACUUGAAGAAAGGAGCUGUUGAAGAUGUGAUUUCAAGAAAUGAAAUUCAGGGCCGCUCAGCAGAGGAGGCUUACAAACAGCAAAUCAAAGAAGAUAAUAUUGGAAAUCAGCUGCUGAGAAAGAUGGGUUGGACUGGUGGUGGUUUAGGUAAAUCUGGUGAGGGCAUACGGGAGCCUAUCUCAGUCAAAGAGCAGCAUAAGCGGGAAGGGCUUGGUCUGGAUGUAGAGAGGGUGAAUAAAAUUGCCAAGAGAGAUAUUGAACAGAUCAUCAGAAACUACGCCCGCUCUGAGAGCCACACAGAUUUGACUUUCUCUAGAGAGCUGACUAAUGACGAACGGAAGCAAAUACAUCAGAUUGCCCAGAAGUAUGGUCUUAAGAGUAAGUCUCAUGGGGUGGGCCAUGAUAGGUACCUAGUGGUAGGUAGAAAAAGACGGAAGGAAGACCUACUAGAUCAGCUCAAACAGGAAGGCCAAGUGGGCCAUUACGAGCUUGUUAUGCCUCAAGCAAAUUGAGAUCUUACUAAUUUAUUUUGUAAAUGCCUAAUGAGGCAGAUUUUUGAAUUAAAGAAAUGCUACAUGUUCCGGUUGCAGAGUAUAUUCAGAUGUCUCACCUUGUUCAUUUCACAUAGUGGUUUAUUAGAUAUUGGAACCUAAAGAAUUCUGUCCACUUGUAUUAGCUUAAUCCAGCAGAUGAUAUUGUGCAGUUACUGUUUGUGUCUUUGAUAUUGCUGUGUUCCUCGGAUUUUAGUAGUUUGACAAGCAAGAACACAUAUCCAAAUGGAAUUUUACCCUGAGAAAUUAUCAUUUUAAAGGGCAUAGCACAGCAAUCUGCAACAAUAUGUAAAGUUGAUAUUGACUACAAUAAAAAUCCAGUCUUAAUUCCAGAUUUACUGAAAAUGUCAGAUCAUUUUGUAUUAAUCUAUUUUCAUCUUUGUGUGAAGCCAGUUAUAGAAUGUUUAACAAUAAAUUGUGCUGUACACGUAAAUGUCCUUACCAACUAAAUGAUGUAAAACUUUCUUAAAGUAAUUUUAGUGUUCAUUUAUUUAUAACUUCUACCAUGUGAUUUCCAGAAUAUUGGAAGUGAUUUACUGUAUCUUGUGAUAUAUGGGUUUUAACAAAUUCUAGUCUUCACGCUGAGAGAGCACUACUUGAGAGAGCAGUUGAAAGUUUCAAAAACUUUGGUUCAAUCUGAAGAAAGGAAGCUUGAACUGUUUGUUCUUGGUGCCUUGCAGAGAGACUCACAGCAACUCUCCAUUAUAGCUUUCACACGGUUUGGAUGUGCAGCACAUCCAAGGCAACCAUAGCUGUGGUAGAGCUUGGUAAAAGACUGAAGAUACAUUGGUGCUUUGAUGAAAAGGUCAGUUGGCUGGUCCCUCUCUCAAAAAGCUUAUUAAGCCUGAAAAGCCAACUUUGUAACAUAUUUAAAACUGCUAUUUUCGCUUAUUUCUGGAAUGUAAAAAAAAAAAUGUAUAAAAAGAAUUAGUGUAUGCUUCCUGAAUAAAAAGGAGCCAAAGUUGAUCA